GAACCUGCCUGCUGCAGUUCACCCUCUGAGUGUGACCUGGACAGGAUCAGCUGGGCCUUCAUAAACGAAGUAGCCACAACACCGGCUCAAGCGCAACAAUGCCAAGUUUCGCUGGCAACACCCUUCGUGGGAGCUUCUUCCUGAUGCUUGGCUUGUGGUGGUCCAUCAAAUACCCAAUAAAGUACAUUCUUCAAAAGCUGAAUUCAGACAACCCUCCCAGCCGAUGGAAUCAGUGUAUGGAUAUUAUCGAAGGGACAGCCAAAGCAUUCUUUGCUCUAGGAGGGAUACUGGCUGAGCAGUUUGUCCCUGAUGGACCCCACCUUUCUCUCUAUGAUAACAAGACCCAAGACUGGGUGCAGCUGAUGCACUGGCAGCAUAUGACCAUGUACCUGUUCUAUGGCUUUUCUGGCGUGGUGGAUGUUCUCAUAUAUACACCACUCAAGUUGCCUGUGGGGUUAGAUCGCCUCCUGGUGGCUCUGGCAUUGUUUGCAGAAGGCUUCCUGUUCCAUUUCCAUGACUAUAAGGAUGCCAUAUUGACAGAACACCUCUACUCUCUCAUGAAUAUCGCUAUAUUUGGAGCUGCCCUUUGUGCCUUGCUAGAAGUGUUCCAACGAGAUCAUACCCUCCUGCAGCUCUUCAGAGCCAGCCUUUUCAUUCUCCAAGGAUCCUGGUUUUGGCAGAUUGGAUUUGUCCUGUAUCCACCAUGGGGAGGUCCAGGCUGGAAUCAAGAGGACUACAGAAAUAAGAACUUCCUAACCAUGUGUUUCUUUUGGCACUAUGCAGUUGGUCUUCUAGUGAUGGCAGUCAACGGCUUUGUUGGUCACCGCUGCAGUCGUGGGUGUGGAGUCAACUAUGGAAAUUUUGACGUGGAACUUGACUUGACAUGUUGCCUCUGGAAGAAGAAUCGAACCCCGGAUCCUGUCCUCCUACCAGACAACAGUUCAGAAGAAAAAUGAAAAGUGUACCAACGUUCUUGAGCACAUUGUUCCCUAUUCUUCAAGCGCUUUUAAAGUUGACAAGAUUUUAGUCCCCAUUUUACAUCAAGUGUACCCUUUAUAUUAAAACAACUACUGUAGCUAAUGGUGAAAGGGGAGUAUCUGUAAGUAUCCUUUCACACAGUGGAGGGUGGUCCAUUGGGGCGAGUGUAGCAUUGCCCCAUCAGCCUCAGUCUGCUCUCAGCCAACCCUCACCUGCCUACCUUAUUUAUUUAUUUAUUUAUUAUUUCAAUUUAUAUACCGCCCUUAGCAGAAUAGCUCUCAGGGCGGUGAACAAACAAGAUAAAAUACAAUAUAUCAUAAUAAAAAUCAUAAAAACAUAUACAAACAAACAACAAAAAAACACUACAAAAACACAAUACGACAAAAAUUAAAAAUAUGGAUUAAAAGAUUAAAAUGGUUAAGAAAAUUAAAAUGCCUGGGAGCAUAAAAAGGUCUUUACCUGGCGCCGAAAAGAUAGAAGUGUAGGCGCCAGGCGUACCUCUUCGGGGAGGCUGUUCCACAACUCAGGGGCCACCACAGAAAAGGCCCUAGAUCUAUAGAGUAACCACCCUCCGGGCUUCCUGAUGGGUUGGUACCCGGAGGAGGGCCUUAGAUUCUGAACGAAGUGAACGGGUAGGUUCGUAUCGGGAGAGGCGUUCCACAAGGUAUUGAGGUCCCACGCCGUGUAAGGCUUUAUAGGUAAGAACCAGCACCUUGAAUCUCGCCCGGAAGCAAAUAGGAAGCCAGUGCAGACGCGCCAAGACAGGUGUUAUAUGCUAAGACCAACUGGUGCUCGUCAGUAGUCUGGCAGCUGCGUUCUGCACCAGCUGAAGCUUCCGAAUUGUCUUCAGGGGCAGCCCUACGUAGAGCGCAUUACAGUAAUCCAAUCUUGAAGUUACCAGAGCGUGAACAACGGAGGUGAGGUCGUCCCUGUCCAGAUAGGGGCGUAGUUGGGCUACCAGACGAAGAUGGUAAAACGCAUUCCAUGCCACCGAGGCCACUUGGGCCUCGAGAGACAGGGAAGAGUCGAGAAGAACCCCCAAACUACGUACCUGUUCCUUCAGGGGGAGUGUAACCCCAUCCAGAACAGGGUUAACAUCCACCAUCUGAGCAGGGAAGGCAUUCACCAACAAUGUCUCGGUCUUGUCUGGAUUGAGUCUCAGUUUAUUAGCUCUCAUAUUACCUUCUUACUAACAGCCAGGUACAGGGGGUGGCACUGCCUGUCAGAUUCCUCCUCCUCAGUCUCAGCAGGGAGGAGGAUGGGGGCAAAACUCGAAUUAGUUAGCUCUGUUUGUCAUUGGCUCUGGUUCCACCUUCUGUUGGGCUCCCUGCCUUCUGCCCCACCUGCCCCAAUGGGCACAAGCCCCCACUGCUCAUGUAUAGCAAACAUGCUCAUCCCAGCUCCUUCCCUAAAAAGAUUUUUAAAAUCCUGCACCACUGGGGAGGGAAUUUAUAUUCCUGAGGCUCAAAGUGGGCACUGGGAGAUGUCCUACUAAUGAACUUUUUAAAAAUAGCCAUAAAUACAUUAAUUCUGAUUAUCUUUGGAAGACUUUGUGUUUACAUUACAUGGGAUGUGCAAUUUUGUAAUUAGAUUUUGUCACAAGCAUUGGGCUGGAUGUCAAAUUGCCCUGGUAAGAUGAGUUGCAAAACCUUUUAGACAUGAAUAUUAUCAACAUAUUCUGGAAUCCGUUAGAGCUACAGCCAUAUCUUGCAAUAUAGCUGGUCAGAUCAUUGUUCUGACUGGUAUAUUUGAUAUUUUAUUGAAAUUUAUGUAAGCCGUUUGAUACAUAUAUGUGCAUAUGUAUAUACAUGACUUGCUGAUAAAUAUCUCAUUUUUAAGAAAAGGUUAAUUUUCUGUGAGUUUUUCAAGGGAACAGUCCAAGUGUCAAACCUUGAUACCUCAUUCAGAUUCCACAUAGGUACUGGUAACAAAGGUAUUAAGUACUAGUACUAGUACUAGUAGUAGUACUAGUGUGUGUGUGUGUGUGUGUGUGUGUGUGU